GCACUUGCAGCCAAUGGCUGUCCUCCUGUCAGAACACAAUAGCUCAGUGAUGAGCAGGGGCGGACUGACCAUUUGGAAACUUGGGCCCGGGAUCAGUAGGGGGCCCCAUGAGAUGCCCCUGGUACCUUUUUCAUAGGCUUUUUUGAGUUUGGGCAAGGACACAGGGGCCCCAUAUGAUCCCCUAUUGCCCAGGGGCCCCAUGAGUUGUCAGUUUGCCCCUGGUGAUGAGAUUGUUGUACCAACAUCGGCUUUUUUGAGGUUGGGCAAGGACACAGGGGCCCCAU